ACUAUCAUCACUCAUGUCACAACUUUUGAAGAUGGCAGAACAACAAGACCAAGCUUUUUACGAUGAUGCAAAGAAGUACUGGGGUGGAGUCCCAGCCACUGUCGAUGGCAUGCUAGGAGGCUUUGCACACAUUUCCAACACCGAUAUCAAUGGAUCUACCAAGUUUUUGAGACAGUUUAUCAGGGGUAAGAAUUCAAGAACUGGAUCCAAGAGAGUACUGGACUGUGGAGCUGGAAUCGGCCGAAUAACGAAGCGUCUCCUAAUGCCCUUAUUUGAAACAGUUGACCUUGUUGAACAGGAUCCGGCUUUUGUCGCAAAAGGAAAAGAAAAUCUUGCGGAGCAUGCCAGCCAAAUAGGAACAUAUUAUAACUGUGGUUUACAAGAAUUCACACCAGAGCCGGGAUAUUAUGAUGUGAUUUGGUGUCAGUGGGUGCUGGGUCAUCUAACUGAUGAGGACUUUGUUGAAUUCUUUAAGAAGUGUAAAGCGGGUAUUAGGGAAAAUGGACUUAUUGUGGUAAAAGAGAACUUGACGAGAGAAGCUGAUGAGUUUGAUGCAACUGAUAGCAGUUAUACUCGCACUUACGAGAAUCAUGUCAAACUCCUUAAAAAGGCUGGACUGGAGAUAAUCAAAGAAGAAAAACAAACGGGAUUUCCAAAAGCGAUUUUUGAAGUCAGAAUGUUUGCUAUGAAGUAACUUUGAUGAGCUUUGCUGACUUUUAAUCCAUUUAGAUUGUUUUAUGGACUGCUAAUUAUGUAAGUUUACACUUACUUGCACUUUUCACAGCUUUGUUGAUCAUGAACAUCCAAUGAUUAUGACAGUUGACCAGUAUCUUGGAACUGAUAUAUUUUAUCAUUAGACAGUUGUUUGCAUUUGUUAGUUUAAAACGUUUUAGGAUUUGUUUGAAUUCUUCAAGUGCCUCCGAUGGUCUUUUUCAUCCUGCUCAUCUUGGGUUUGAAUAUUUGUCAGAGUACCAGUCAUGUCUGUAAGCAUGUAUAAGAAUGACAGUUCUCAUUCUGUCAAAUCAAAAUAAAUGUAUAUUUUCAUCAUAUGAAAAGUUGUGGUACAUGUACAACCCCUAUUUUUCUGUAAAAAUAAACAGUUUG